CCGCCUUAGGAUGUCGGAGAAGUCCGCCGAGGAGGCUCCGGUGGAGCUGGGGGCCAAGGACCUGAAAGAGAAGAAGGAGAAGCAUGAGAAGCCUGAGAAGCAUGAGGAGAAAUCUGCUCGUAAGGAGAAGAAGGAGAUCAUAGAGGACGACGAAAACGGUGCUGAGGAAGAGGAAGAUGACGAAGAUGCAAAUCCUGAGGAUGUGGAUGACGAAGAUGAAGAUGACGAAGAUGAUGAGAAUGACCAGGAGCCAGAUUCACACGCAGUAAAACGAUCUGCAGAGAAGAAGCAGGAGGAGGAUGAAGUGGACCCGAAGCGAAAGAAGACAGAAAACGGUUCCUCCGCUUGAAACCGUCCCCUCCCGGCGUCCGCAUCCUCUUCUUUACUGUCCGUCUCCCCCCC